ACUUUAUAAUAUUGUCAUACAAAAAUCGAGAGAUUCAACUACAUGAAUCGAUAUAUGGCGGAGUUUAAAAUAUGGGUUAUCUCCCCCUUGUUGUCAAACAAUGAAGUCCUAUAAACAACGUGUUUGACUGAUAGUUGACAUACGUUAUAUCCGCGUUAUGCUUUUGUCAUGUCUUAUGAUAAAGUGUCCAGUGAAGGUACCACCAUAACCAAACAACCGUCUGCUACACUCAAUCCGGGAGAGAAUGGCAGGAAUUACAUGGAACAUGAAACUGGGCUGGAAUCCAUAGAGAAUCUUGACCGGAUUAUUCUAAGUCAAGAGAUAACUGCUUGUGGACUGGCUUGUCCGUGUUGUAUUGGUCGAGGUGCUUACACUGUACAUGAUGGGAACGACAGUAAUGAAUUCUUGCUUGAAAUCAGAGAAGCCUUUGUUUGCUUAUUCCGUUCGUGUCUUGGUUCUGCAAGAGAUCUUACCACCCGUAUAAAGGACUCCAGCGGAAAUGACGUAGGAAGAUUUCGACGAGAACUCAGCUUUAGAGGGUGCUGCAUUUGCUCCUGUUUUCUCCCUCAACUCAUGGUGUUUCAUCCGCAUUCUCGAAUUGGAACUGUCAGAGAAAGACGAACAUGCUGUAGACCGAGUUUUGAAAUUGUAGAUCGCACAGAAGAUGUUUUGUUUACUUUCUCAAAUGACUGCUGUUACUCUCAGUACUGUGGUUGGUUCAUGAACGUCUCAGUAUAUGUUAAAGAUGUGGAGGGUGAGAUUGUUGCCAAAUUUAUAAAGAAAUCUUACCAUAAUUCGGAGGAGUUAAUAGGUCUUGAGAAUAAAAUUCAUAUUGAAUUUUUGAAGAAGUUGAAGGCACAAGAGAAGCUCUUGCUGAUCGGAGCGGCCAUGUUGUUGAGUCUGAACAAUUUUGAAGACACCAAACGGCUUUGUUGUUAAUAUUCAAGGUUUUGUAAUAACAAAGCAAAAUUUCAUACUUAUAUAAUCAAUUUUGUGUUCAAUUACUAUGCAAACUGUGAUAAUAAAAGAUGAUUUGUGUCAAAUGGUAUUUUUGUGAUCGACAUGGGAAAAACAACCCAUUGCAAGAACUGGGACGUUGAACAGUGCCGAAUGGUCAUAAAUUAUUCAACCUACCCUCUAUUAAAAUUGUUUGCUAAAGAUAACCCAUGGCAACUUCCAUUAGAAUAGACUUGUAUAUUUAA